UGGUUACUAGAAUGUAAACGGGAUGAACAUUUUUUGUGCCAACCCUUCUGAACGUGACCAAAGAGGGCGGUUAGGAGGCCCGGCCAACCCAUUCCCCAGGCCUGAGUGAGGGGCUCCCUGGGGGGGGGGGUCCCCUGGAACCCCCUGCUGGGUGAUCCCGGGACCUCCUUCCUCGCCCCAGGGGUGCAGCCACGGCGGGGUCCUCGGCUCUUAGGCAUUUCUGAUCGGGCUGUCACGGAGAAGGUGAUUUGUCCUGGAAACAAGGCCUUGUCUUCCAGGAUAGCUGGCCUUCCUCCUGGGAUGUGUGGUCCGCGGGCCGAGCUUCCUGGUGUUGCUUCCGGAAAGGGUGCGGGCUGUCUGAGAACAUUGCGGCUGUGGCCAGCUUUCUGGAGCAGACAGCUGCAGUGGCUUGCCCCCCUGUUUUUAAACUAAGGUAAAUGGACUCUCAGUGCGGUGGGGAGGGCCCGGGGCAGGGGAGAGAGCCGCGAACCUGCUGACCUCGGUGCACCGGGGCGGGGCUCUCCCGCCAGCGGCUCUUCUGAGUCCAGUGAGCUCAGCUGUCAGAAGUCACCUGGCUCUGACGUAUGUAGCCCUUUGGGCGAAUGGAGCUUCACUUAACGAGACCUUCAGCUUCAGUGGAAUCGACAUCCUCCGCAGCUGUCGAUCCGGCUGCCUCUCAGAAUGUCUGCUGAAAGCAGAAGAAAGCCAUCCUUGUGAGUGGCCGGCCUGUAACUCCGGAACCCGUAGUGCCUGGAAGCCUGCGGGCCUGGAGGGAUCCUCCUGUGGUCUCCUGGCGGAAGCAGGUCUCUGUCCGUCCUGCGGCCGGACCCGUGCCAGGGCCGCGUGGGCGCCGUGUGCUGGACUCACGCUGGUGGGGAGCGCUGGCGCGCUGGCCACUUUAAAAGAGAAUAAAAGCAGUGGAACCAGACAGGUCACAAAACUGAUUCUUAAAAUAGGAAACAGAGCAGCAGCGGUACUGAUCCCCACCGCGACAGCUCGGGAGAGAGCGUUAGGAGCGUGGUUGAACUGGUUAGUGUAGGUGACGUGAGGUCUUCCCCAGGGAGGAGAAAGGAGAUGGGCCCAAGGGUGCCGUCUUCUCUCCUUAAAUGACUACCUUUUUUUGAAAUGUUGCUUGAUGCCCCCCUUUCCUUUUUCAUGUGUCCCUCGGGACCGGGCACAGCGCUGGGCUCUGCCUGCAUGUCAUCCUGGAACCCAGCAAGCACUGUGGCUGCAGCCGGCGCUGGCCGGUCUGGGCCAGGCACCUGAACCCACUGUUCAGCCCGGCCCGGGGACCCCCACGGGGGCUCUUGUGGACAUCGUGUUUUGCAUUCACUGGCUCUUUGACCAGAGUGCUAAGAGAGCACGUCAUGCUGAGCUCAGUUUUGUUCUAUAGUCGUGUCAUGAUUCACUCCUGAUACCUCUCGCACUCUUUUCUGAGGCCAGGGCCUUUUUUUUUGCUCCUUGAGCCUGUUCAGAACCAAAGUCUUGACCCCCUUGCCCCCUGCCUGCCCCGCUCCUGCGGAUUCUGUAAAUGGGGAGCCGCCCAGUGAUUCCCAGUAGACAUCUAGGUCAUCCUUGCUACCUCCCUCUUCUCCACAUCCAGUCGGUCACCAGGCCUUAAUGCUUCUCCCUCGAAAAUGGGCCCUGCAUCCACCAGCUUCCUCUCUCUACACUUCUGGCAGCCAGGGCCCCGGUGUGCGCCCUGAGUGCCUCGUGGCCGCUCUGCCCCUGCUGCCCCCAGCCUGGGGCUCCGGUGCAGGAACGGGACUGACCUUACGAGCCCUUGCUGGUGCCCCCUGCCCACCCGAGUUAGGGACCCCCUUUAUUAAACAUCCCCAGGUCCCUGUACUUCCCCUCAAAGAACUUGGAUUUUCAGCUACACUUCUUUUUUUACGGGUGAUUUUCCAUCUUCUCCCCUAGAAGGUAAACAUCCUGAAGGCGCAGGGAAGGGGUCUCUUUUGUCCUCAGUUCUAACAUGUAGAGGAUGCUCAGUAAAUACUUGUUAAUAAGUGAUUUUUAAUUGGAUGCAGAUUAAAAUUAAAGUAACUGCUGGGAGUACUUAGGUGGGUGAUUCCAGACUGUAGUGGUUUAUUUUAAAACAUUUUUUUUGGCCGCACGGCAUGGGCCUGAGGGAUCCUAGCUCCUCAAGCAGGAAUCGAACCAGCACCCCCUGCAGUGGAAGUGCGGAGUCUUAACCACUGGACCGCCAGGGAAGUCCCUUUAGUGGUUUAUUUUAAAUUUGGCUGAAAAUGCGUGAGCUCUGUUCCAGUGGUUGUCAGGCUUAACUCUUGGCAUUUGGGGCUGGGUAAGUAUUUGCCCGGGGGGCUGUCCUGUGCACUGCAAGGUACAGGGUGGCGCUCCUGGCCUCUACCCGCUGGAUGCCAGCGGCGGUGCCCGAUGUCUCCUGGAGGCAAAGUCGCCCCCAGGGGAGAACCACUGGUCUGCACCCAGGGAUCCUCUCCCUGAGACACCCGCCUUGGCCAGUGUUCUCCUGGGGGAGGACGGGAUGGGGAGCUCCCCUCCCAUAUGCAGGGGCUGGACGGGUGGGCAGGGGCGCUGUGGUCCUGUCCAGCUGAGCCCACCACAGGCAGAGCUGGGUGCAGCAGACCUUGGUAAAUAGUGUGGCGUGGUUCCUCCUUGCAGGUCGCCUCCUCCCUGGGAAGUGUUUUCGUACCUGUAAGGGAAGCCUGGGAGUGAGCUGCGGUCUCAGAGAGGAGGUCAGAUCAGUAAGAAACAGACUCUUUUCCGUGGUAGUUGCUGAUUCUGCAGCAGGCUGGGCAGGUGGGGUGGCAGGUGCACCCAAGCUCCGGAAGAGCCCCUGUGGGGGGAACGGAGCCGUCCUGGGUCAUGGGCUGGGGGGCUUGUGUGGGAAUCUGCAUUCUCGGGCGGGGGGUGUCCCUGAGGCCGCCUCGGCUGCUUCCUGCCUCAGUUCCCAGCUCCCAUAGGCUGUGUGGUUCUAGACUGAUCCUUUAGGAGCUUCCUAGAAAGCAGGUUCUUGGCACCCACCCAGAGCCCGUUCUCCAGGAGCGGAGCCCUGCGUUUCAGCCAGCUCCCCGGCUGCUUUCUACGGUGGCCGUGUUUGAGAACAGACCAGACCCUGUCCUUGUGGAAUUUGGCCUCUUCUCCUGAGUGCACUCUGAGACUUGGACCCAUCACGCUGACGCCGACCAAGGCCGUGGAUGCUAGUCUGUAAAGGCUGUACCAGGAAGUGACCUUAGACCAGGGGUUGCAGGCUUUCUGUGAAGGGCAGAGAGCAGACCUUUCAGGCUCUGCAGGCCACGGGGUCUGCGUUGCAGCUACGCAUCUCUGCCGCGAGUGCAGAGACAGCUUCCGUCCCUCUGGACCUGGAUGGGUGAGACUGCCGUCCCGUCGGAGCUUCUUUACAAAACAGGGGCUGGCUGUGCACAGCAGUCUGGCAGUUGCUCAAAAGGUUUAACACCAAAGUACCACGUGACCAGGCAACUCUCUGCCUCGGUGCGUAUCCAAAAGAGUUGAAAGCAGGGACUUGAACACCUGUGUGUAUAAAUGUACAACAUUAGUCACAGUAACCGGAAGGUGAAAACGACCCAAGUGUCUUGUCCAUCAACAGAGGAGCGGAUAAACACAGUGCGGGAGCGCAUGGAACUUUUGGAGGAAGCCAAGAAGAUGGAGAUGGCCAAGUUCCGUUACAUCCUGCCCGUGUACGGCAUCUGCCAGGAGCCCGUGGGCCUGGUCAUGGAGUACAUGGAGACGGGCUCCCUGGAGAAGCUGCUGGCCUCCGAGCCGCUGCCCUGGGACCUGCGCUUCCGCAUCAUCCACGAGGCGGCCGUGGGCAUGAACUUCCUGCACUGCAUGUCCCCGCCUCUCCUCCACCUGGACCUCAAGCCCGCCAACAUCCUGCUGGACGCCCACUACCACGUCAAGAUCUCCGACUUCGGGCUGGCCAAGUGCAACGGGCUGUCCCACUCGCACGACCUCAGCAUGGACGGCCUUUUCGGCACCAUCGCCUACCUUCCUCCUGAGCGCAUCCGGGAGAAGAGCCGGCUCUUCGACACCAAGCACGACGUGUACAGCUUUGCCAUCGUGAUCUGGGGCGUGCUCACACAGAAGAAACCGUUUGCAGAUGAGAAAAACAUCCUGCACAUCAUGGUGAAAGUGGUGAAGGGCCACCGCCCCGAGCUGCCGCCUGUCUGCAGACCCAGGCCUCGCGCCUGCGAGAGCCUCCUGCGCCUCAUGCAGAGGUGCUGGCACGGGGACCCCCGGGAGAGGCCCAGCUUCCAAGAAAUCACUUCUGAAACCGAGGACCUGUGUGAAAAACCUGAUGAUGAGGUGAAAGAGACGACUCAAGACCCAGAUGUGAGAAACCCCCCUGAGGCCGAGGCCGAGGCGCCCGUGGCCACCCCGCUCAAGCGAGCCUCUGCCCCGACCUUUGACAACGACUACAGCCUCUCCGAGCUGCUGUCCCAGCUAGACUCGGGCAUCUCCCAGACCCUCGAGGGCCCGGAAGAGCUCAGCCGCAGCUCCUCCGAAUCCAGACUUCCGUCGGCGAGCAGCGGCAAGAGGCUCUCCGGGGUGUCCUCGGUGGAUUCUGCCUUCUCCUCCAGAGGGUCGCUGUCCUUGUCUUUCGAGCGGGAGCCUUCAGCGGGCGAUCUCAGCGCCACCGACGUCCAGAAGAAGAAGCUCGUGGAUGCCAUCGUGAACGGGGACACCAGCAGGUUGAUGAAGAUCCUGCAGCCCCAGGACGUCGACCUGGUCCUGGACGGGGGCGCCAGCCUGCUGCACCUGGCCGUGCAGGCCGGGCAGGAGGACUGCGUCAAGUGGCUGCUGCUUAACAACGCCAACCCCGACCUCGCCAACAGGAAGGGCUCCACCCCGCUCCACCUGGCCGUGGAGAAGAGGGUGCGCGGCGUCGUGGAGCUCCUGCUGGCCCGCAAGAUCAGCGUCAACGCCGCGGACGAGGACCAGUGGACGGCCCUGCACUUCGCGGCCCAGAACGGGGACGAGGGCAGCACGCGGCUGCUGCUGGAGAAGAACGCCUCCGUGCACGAGGCAGACUGCGAGGGCCGGACGCCCAUGCACGUGGCCUGCCAGCACGGCCAGGAGAGCAUCGUGCGUAUCCUGCUGCGCCGCGGCGUGGACGCGGGCCUGCCGGGGAAGGACGCCUGGGUGCCGCUGCACUACGCCGCCUGGCAGGGCCACCUGCCCAUCGUCAAGCUGCUGGCCAAGCAGCCGGGGGUGAGCGUGGACGCGCAGACGCUGGACGGGAGGACGCCCCUGCACCUGGCCGCCCAGCGCGGGCACUACCGCGUGGCCCGCGUCCUCAUCGACCUGCACUCCGACGUCAACGUCUGCGGCCUGCUGGCGCAGACGCCCCUGCACGUGGCCGCGGAGACGGGGCACACGAGCACCGCCAGGCUGCUCCUGCACCGGGGCGCCCGCAGGGAGGCCGUGACGGCCGAGGGCUGCACCGCGCUGCACCUGGCCGCCCGCGCUGGGCACCUGGCGACCGUCAAGCUGCUGGUGGAGGAGCGGGCCGACGUGCUGGCCCGGGGGCCCCGCCACCAGACGGCGCUGCACCUGGCCGCCGCCGGCGGGCACUCGGAGGUGGUGGAGGAGCUGGUCAGCGCCGACGUGCGUGACCUGCCUGACGAGCAGGGGCUCAGCGCGCUGCACCUGGCCGCCCGGGGCCGGCACGCCAAGACGGUGGAGGCGCUGCUCAGACACGGGGCCCACGUCAACCUGCAGAGCCUCAAGUUCCAGGGCGGCCCUGGCCCCUCCGCCGCGCUCCUCCGGCGGAGCAAGACCUAGCCUGCCGCCCCCGGAGCCGGGGCCCCCGCAGCGUUCCGGCCCCCGCGCGUGCUCUGCUCGCCCCGUCUGCGGCCUGCGGGAUGCCGACCGAGUGGGCCGUCGGGAGGCCGGUGGCCGCUGACUCCGGGUUCGCGCCGGCG